ACACAUAUAUAGAUGGAGUUAGGUCUAUGAUCUCUGUAUAUAUUUAUAUACACACAUAUGUAUUUUUAAACUAUUACAUGAAGCAAAUAGUACAGUUGAUUUCAUAUAACAAGAGUUAUUGGAUGUAUAUGGGCAAAAGUUAAUGCAUAUGGGCAAAUAAAUUGAUGAACUUACAGACUCAUUUAUUUGACAUAUAUUUAUUGUGUGGUCUCUAUUGAAUGCUGGGUAUCUUCCAGGAGCCUAAAAUUCAGCAGUGAAUGUAACAGCUCAAAUCCUUGUCCUCAAGUGGCUAAUAUUCUAAUCGAGGGAGAAGACAACAAACAAAGUUAAUAAGCAAAAUAUUCAACAUACUAGUUGAUAGGAAGUUCUUUGGUGAAAAAUAAAGUAAGAGGAAAAGAAUGAGAGGAAGCUCUAAAAGCAACUGAAGAUUUACAUGAAGAAGCUGCCAGGCAGCGAGAGUGAGAGUGAGAGGAAGCGCCAUGAGUUCAACAGGCAGGUCACAGUUCAGUGGAAAGAAAAGGAUUUCCAGGGCACGUUGGAGUGCCACAAAGAGGGCGAGGCCCUCCUCAUCCUCAACCUGGUGACAGACUUGAAGCCCCAGAUGCUGUUGGACACAGUGCCCUGUCUCUCCGCCUACCUGCUCUACAUGUGCAUCCGGCUCGCGGACCAAACCAACGAUGAUCUCAAGGUGCACUCCCUGAUGACCUCCACCACCAACAGCACUAAGAAAGUCCUGAAGAAGCACAGUGAUGACUUUGAGAUGACGUCAUUCCUGUUAUCCAACACCUGCCACCUUCUUCACUGUCUGAAGCGGUACAGCGGGGAUGAGGGCUUCAUGACUCAGAAUACAGCAAAGCACAACGAACACUGCCUUAAGAACUUUGACCUCACCGAAUACCGUCAGGUACUGAGCGACCUUUCCAUUCAGAUCUACCAGCAGCUCUUUAAAAUUGCCGAGGGUGUGUUACAGCUGAUGAUAGUUUCUGCCAUGUUGGAAAAUGAGAGCAUUCAGGGUCUAUCUGGUGUGAAGCCCACUGGCUCCCAGAAGCACUCCUCCAGCAUGGCAGAUGGGGAUAACUCAUACCGCCUGGAAGCUAUCAUCCGCCAGAUGAAUGCCUUUCAUACAGUCAUGUGUGACCAGGGCUUGGACCCUGAGAUCAUCCUGCAGGUAUUCAAACAGCUCUUCUUCGUGAUCAACCCAGUGACUCUUAAUGACCUGCUCCUGCGGAAGGACGUCUGCUCUUGGAGCACAGGCAUGCAACUCAGGUACAGUAUAAGUCAGCUUGAGGAGUGGCUUUGAGGAAGAAACCUUCACCAGAGUGGAGUAGUUCAGACCAUGGAACCUCUGAUCCAAGCAGCCCAGCUCCUGCAAUUAAAGAAGAAAACCCAGGAGGAUGCAGAGGCCAUCUGCUCCCUGUGUGCCUCUCUCAGCACCGAGCAGAUUGUCAAAAUUUUAAACCUUUAGCCUCCCCUGAAUGAAUUUGAAGAACAGGUAACAGUGGCCUUUAUACAAACGAUCCAGGCACAACUACAAGAGCAGAAUGACCCUCAGCAACUGCUAUUAGAUGCCAAGCAAAUGUUUCCUGUUUUGUUUCCAUUUCAUCCAUCUUCCCUAACCAUGGAGUCAAUGCCAGCAUGUCUCAAUCUGGAGUUCCUCAAUGAAGUAGAUGCAUGUUUAGUCUGAUUCCCAAUGUGAGCAAAAAGGAAGUAUAGACAGUAAAGUAAAUUCAAGGAUCUGUUAAAUCUGGUAAAAGUAGAUCAAAUCAGAGAUUGACAGCCUGUGGAGGGUGCUGAACUAUACAGAAUUAGACACAACUAUGGCGUUAUUUUUUGUACGUACUGCUCAGAAUAAAAACACUUGAAAUGUGGAAGAUUUUAAGUUUGAUUUCAGUCCAACAAAUAUACAUAAUAAUUUAUAGACACCAAGCAGUCCCCAUAGCCAUCUAAAAGAUGCCAAUUCUAUAAAAUGAAGCUGCCGAGUUUUAAUCUUUGCUUAUAACUGGAGAAUGUCCAAAUUAAAAUACUAACUAUAUAUAAGUCACAUAAAUUGCCUUCAAAGGGCUUUUAACAAAUAAUAGUACUAAUAACCAUGAUAAUGACAUAUAGUGACAUUUCCCAAAGUUUGCAAACCAUAGGUGUGGUAGAGUUUGUGGUGAGAUGUGUUAAGAACAAAAAUAUGGGGAUGAGACUUCUGAGAAAUGUCCCCAAAAUAUUUUUUAAUGGCUGAUUAUACAAAGACAGCAGUGUAACUGACCUCCAAACCAGACAUUUUGAGUACUGGUUUCUGAAGCAAAAUUAGAAGUGCCAGUCCUCAGUGUCCUCAAACGCUUUUGUGUAAUCUUGGUUUAAUGGAAGAGAUGAUUAAAAUGCUGCUACCUGAAACUCCAAGUGAGAAAGAUGGAAAAAUAAUUUGUGUCUGAUGCUAGUCCAUACACUUUCCAAGUCCCACAAAACUCUCACAAAAAUGUAUAAGCUAAAUAUUACAAAACGAUAACAACUUGUUUUAUUUAUAGAUGUAAAAUCCAAACAAUGUGAAAGCUUUUAAUCUCUUAAUACCAUUAAGCCUCCAGUAAGAGCCUCAUAUAAUGCUCUACUAUUCCAAACAACUGAAUAGUAAAACAAACUAACCUCGCACAUCAGAUUAUCUGAAAAACCUUCAAAAAUACUCAGUUCAGGGAUUACUAUUAUACAAAAGUUUGGGGUUUUUUCAAGAGAAUAAAAUGGCUUAGGUCAACUUUCCCCUUUCAGGUUAUUUUCAACGUUUUUCAAACGUUGUAAUUCAAAAUUGUAAAUAUCUCUCCUAUGAAAUUAGGAUUUUAAAAAAGAGUAAUUCAGUAAUAUAACAGACGUAGAUGUUUGCUGCUCUUAGAAUUUUUUGUUUGUUUGUUUUUGGGCUCUUCAAAAGCAAGCAUUCAGUUAGAAACCCAUAUUAUUCUUUCCACACUUUUUUUAUUAUACUUAAAGUUCUAGGGUACAUGUGCACAAUGUGCAGGUUUGUUGCAUAUGUAUACAUGUGCCAUGUUGGUUUGCUGCACCCACUAACUCGUCAUUUCCAUUAGGUAUAUCUCCUAAUGCUAUCCCUCCUCCCUCCCCCCACCACACAGCAGGCCCUGGUGUGUGAUGUUCCCCUUCCUGUGUCCAAGUGUUCUCAUUGUGCAAUUCCCACCUAUGAGUGAGAACAUGCGGCAUUUGGUUUUUUGUCCUUGCGAUAGUUUGCUGAGAAUGAUGGUUUCCAGCUUCAUCCAUGUCCCUACAAAGGACAUGAACUCAUCAUUUUUUAUGGCUGCAUGGUAUUCCAUAUUCUUUCCACACAUUUUUUUUACUGUCUUUUCCCUAUUUCUUGAUAGCAGUAUGCUGUUUCCAUGAUAAGAACAAAUAGUGUUUGCCAAUCAUAGAAGAACAGCCUCUGUAUUACAUUGAGAAAAUGAGAUUUAUCCAUGGAUUGGAAGUAGAACAGCCUGCCUCCACCCUCCUUUACUCAACCACCCAACUUAAAAGGCUCUAGGAAACACAGCACACUCCAAGCUACCUUCUGUACUGUGCCCUUAGACCACAGCUUCCUCAGUCAUUCUCUGCAUCUCCUGGGGCUUAACCCAGUCUUAGCCUGCAUUGAGGCUGCUGACAGUUGUGUUCCAAUCAGUUGCCAUGGACAUUAUCCCUUCUACAUCCACAUUAAACAUGCUAGCUUCUCUUGGGUGUCUGCAGAGCUGUACCUUUUUCUUUCAGUUACAGUUACAUAAUCACUGACGUCCAUGACACUCACACAUGGAUCCAUGUGCUGACUUCAUUUAGAAGGCCAAUCUAAAACAGCUGGGUUUGUGGCUACCUCUUUAAAGUUGUUUGUGAAGUAUAAUUUGCUUUUUGAUGUACUUUAGUUUGAAACUGAGUCCCUUAUGUAAGGACUGUCCUUAAUCUUAAAAGACCAAAAAUGCCUUGUUAGAGAGUUAAGGAGUUUUGACAUACAGUGGUUCCACAAAUACAGUGGCUUAUUGUCCUUAUAUACUGUCUUACACCAUCGUUCUCUCCAUCUCUCUUGGUCACUACUGUCUGCUGUCACUGGUUAAUUACUAGAUGCCAAGAGCUUACUGAACAAAAGCUUGGCAAUCAGAAUAAAUGGGGAAGGAAGGACCUUAUGAAUUGUCUACUUAGCCUAAGAAAUGGCAGGUUUAGUUCUUCUCUUCCAAAAGAUACAGGUAUAUCACUGGAAUUGUACUUAAAAUUUAUAGAUGACUAGCAAAUAUAUACUUUAUAUGUACUUAACAUUUAGAUCAAUCUUAUUUAAUACUUGGAGGUUAGAAGAAGCAUCUUUAGGGGAACUAUAUAAUAUUCUGUUAGCAUUUUCUCUGCAUUUUUAAAAAUCAUUUCAUCUCAAACACUUAUCAGCGUCAUGAAAUCAGUAAUGACUCUUAAACAAUUCAACAUAAAGGUUUGAACUCUGCACUAGAUGUCUAAUUUUUUAAUAUUUAAAAUUUAGUUCAGGCUUUUCUCACCAGGUGCCUUUAGUGGUGACUAAGAUAACUGACUUCUCAAUUGUUUCUCUGAAAUAAGUGUUGCUGUGGGAAUAAUUUUAAUGUUCAAUGUGAUAUCAUGGUGGAGUUUUGUCUUUUAAAACAUUAGAAGCAUUUUAAAAACUAAGAAUCAAAUAUUUAUAGAUCAAACACUUGUGCUUUAAGUAUGAUACGGGACCUGUUUACAUAUAGUAAAUGUGUAUGUAUACAUGAGUUGUUGCUGAAGCCGACAAGCAUAUUACAUACAUGCAUUUUCCCUGUGCCGUCCUAGUUGCAGUUAGAGUUCUAGUACCUGUAGGCUCACCUGGGAGGCAGAUUAGACCCAAAGGUAGACAUUUUUCCCUUUCCCUGAAGCAUGAUGGUGGGAGUUGAUUCUUUGAUUUCCUUAGUACCAAACUUUAAGGCUUUUGUAAAAAACAAAACCAAAAAACUAGGAGCUUGGAACAUUUAAAAAUUAACACUGCUACCAUCAAUUCAUCAAAUAUUUACUUAGAACCUUCAUACAUUAAGAUUCUGGUAACCAAUAAAUUAGAAUUUAUUUCUUCUGCAUAAAGCAAAUUUUCAUACACUCGACCUACUGAGACAGCAAAGGUGUCCUAAUUUGAGGCAUUUGUGUAAUGCCUACAUAACUAAAUGGUAACUAAAAUGGGACAGCAUGGGGCAAGACCUUGUAGUUCUUCACAGACUAUUUGUCAUCAGUUUCUCCAAUUAAUUUGCUGCAUGAGCCAAAUAACCAUAAUUCACCUUUUGUACCCACUGGAGCCAUAAUUAGAGAAUUAGAGGGUGUAGACAGAGGUUAAUGCCAAUGACAAACACAGGGCAGGAUUUAUUAUUAUUAUAAAGGUCAUUACAUACAAAAGAUUAAAAAAAAAAUUCCUAAUUCUAACAAAGGGGAUCAACCGGAAAUGAAACUAAGCUACUUUCUGAAGUGACACUGUGUCAGAAUAAUCAAGAUUUGAAUAUAAUAUUUUGCCACCCACUGACAUUUAGAUGAAGGACUGCCUCUCCGGAAGAGUUCAGAACAUAUUCAGGGGUGAACCUAACACCAGGGAAGAAAGACUACUGAUGAAAAUAUUUUUCCACUUUGAACAAAUCUGUAAACUACACCUUUCUUUAUAGAAAAAUGCUUGGAAUAGUCACUGUAAUAUUUAGCUGUGGAUAAAAAUUUGUGAAAAUAAAUACUUUUGAAUUAGAAAAAGCAAGGAAGAAGAAUGGGGUUGAUAGGAUGUAUAUUUAAAAUAGAUUAACCAGGAACAACUGCACUGUGUUAUAUAUAUGUGUGAUAAUAUAUGUAUAAUUAUAUAUCACUAUAUAUAAUAACUAUAUCUUUAUAUCUGGUGCAGGUGAGUAAAUAACCCAUGCAAAUAUCUGGGGAAGGAAUAGUCCAGGCACUACAGGAAUAUCAAAAAGGCUAAUAUGACACAAGCAGAGUAAUGACAGAGUGAUAUGGAGUAAGGAGCAGAUGAAAUAAUAAGAAAAGUAGGCAGGUCGUUUUGAGGGGUAUGCUUCUCAAAUUCUAAUUUGCAUAUAAAUCACCAAGGUUUCACAUUAAAAUAAAGAUUCUGAUUCAGGUGGUCUGGAGAGUUUAUAUUUCUUACAAGUUUCAGGGGAUGCUGGUGCUACUGGUCUGUGUAUCACACUUUGAAUACCAAAGGACUGGAGAUGCGUGCAUGGUAAGGAGCUUUGGGAUGUGAGUAAUGUGGGUUGAAUUGUGUCUUCCCCAAAAAGAUGUUCAAAUCCCAACUCUCAGUACUUGUAAAUAUGACAUUACUUGGAAAUAAAAUCUUGCCUAGUCAAUCAAAUUAAGUGGAUUCAGAUGGGCCCUUAUCAAAUGACUAGUGUGCUUGUAAGAACGUGGAUAUUUAGAAAAACACACAGUGGAUAAAGUAUGUGAAGAUGAAGGAAGAGAUUGGAGUCAUGUAACUACAAGCCAGAGAAUGCCAAGGAUUGAUGGCAACUGUGAGAAGCUAGGAAAAGACAAGGAAGGAUCCACCCCUGGAGCCUUCAGAGACCAUGACCCUGAUGACACCUUACUUUCAACUCCUAGCCUCCAGAACUGUAAGAGAAUAAAUUUCUGUACUUUUAACCUACUCAGUUGGUGGUAAUUUGUUACAGUAGCCUGAGGAAACUAAUACCUUGAGUGGGAUGGAGAGUGAAGUCAUUGGAGGGUUUUAAGAGAAGAAUGGCUCGGUCUGACUUAUUCUUAAAGAAUCACCCUAAUUGCAGAAACAAGAAUAGACUGAAGGCAAGGGGCUACAGGGAAGUAGGAAGACCAGUUAGGCGGCUAUAGCAGUAAACCUAACUGGAGAGUGGAGAGAUGGUGGUUUGAAUCAGGGGGGUAGUGACGGUGGUGAGACAGGAACAGAAUCUGAAGAUGUUUUGAAUUACUAUUGAUAAAAUUUGUUAACAUAGUAUGAGCUAUAAAAAAAUGAGGGUGGCUGGGAAUGGUGGCUUACUCCUGUAAUCACAGCACUUAGGGAGGCUGAGAUGGGUGGAUUACCUGAGGUCAGGAGUUUGAGACCAGCCUGGCCAACAUGGUGAAACCCUGUCUCUACUAAAAAUACAAACAUUAGCCGGGCAUGUUGGCGGGUGCCUGUAAUCCCAGCUCCUAACCCAGGAGGUGGUGGUUGCAGUGAGCCAAGAUCGUGCCAUUGCACUCCAACCUGGAUGACAAGAGUGAAACUCCAUGUCAAAAAAAACGUAGAAUGAUUUAUAAUACCUUGGGUAGAAACCUAGUAAUGGGAUUGCUGGGUCAAAUGGUAUUUCUGGUUCUAGAACCUUGAGAAAUCACCACACUGCCUUUCACAAUAGUUGAACUAACUUACACUCCCAUCAACAGUGUAAAAGCAUUCCUAUUUCUCCAUAUCCUCUCCAGUGUCUAUUAUUUCCUGACUUUUUAGUGGUCGCCAUUCUAACUGGCAUGGGAUGGUAUCUCACUGCGGUUUUGAUUUGCAUUUCUCUAAUGACCAGUGAUGUGGGAGAUCGGUCAGGGUGGUGGGAGAAGCUAUAAGGAAAGAUGCAAGCCUUCUUGAAAGGUUGGAAGGUCUUGCAAAAUCUUAAUGAGAGAAUAAAUGUGAAGGAAGAAAAUUCUCUUUCUCUGAGGAUAAGGGUGAGAAGUAGGUGCAAGGAAAAGUGAAGAAGUUUAUCUAAAUAUGCUUGUUUACUUAUGUCAUCAGGAAACUGACUUUUGAACUUCUGAGCAUGAGACUGCUCCCUGUAAGAGGGAGCAAAAAUGUUAAUUACCCAGCAAUUGUGUUGACUCCAGACCUUGGACGUUAUACCAGUACUGAAUAAAUACAAGCAGCUCUGGCUUAUCGAGACUGCUAACUCUCCUCUGCCCCUAGUGCUCGCAGCCUCCUAGCCUGCUCUUACCCUGUAUAUUUGUGUCUGAGUACUCCUUUCUUCUGUUGCUCAGCCAGGGUCUGCGGGAUGGACCCGGCACAGUGAUCAUGAGCUUUUUUUCAUAUGUUUGUUGGCCGCAUAAAUUUCUUCUUUUGAGAAGUGUCUGUUCACAUCCUUUGCCCACUUUUUGAUGGGGUUGGCACAAGCACAUGUAUGUUUACUGCAGCACUAUUCACAGUAGCAAAGACUUGGAACCAACCCAAAUGCCCAUCAAUGAUAGCAGCCUGGAUAAAGAAAAUGUGGCACAUAUAUACCAUGGAAUAUUAUGCAGCCAUAAAAAAGAAUGUGUUCAUGUCCUUUGCAGGGACAUAGAUGAAGCUGAGAAACCACAGUCUCAGCAAACUAACACAGGAACAGAAAACCAAACACUGCAUAUUCUCACUCAUAAGUGGGAGUUGAACAAUAAGAACACAUGGAUACAGGGAGGGGAACAUUACACACAAGGGCCUAUCAGGGGGUGGGGGGUAAGGGAGGGAUAGCAUUAGCAGAAAUACCUAAUGUAGAUGACAGGUUGAUAGGUGCAGCAAACCACCAUGGCACAUGUAUACCUAAGUAACAAACCUGCAUGUCUGCACCUGUAUCACAGAACUUAAAGCAUAAUUAAAAAAAAAAAUAGGGCUGCCAAGGGUAUAAACCGGGUGUUUCGUGGCUUAAUAACUGUAUAACUAUAAGGAUGGAGUCUAUUACCUCCUGAUAUGAGGAACAUGAUGAGAGAAGGUGAGAAUGGGGAAGAUGCUGGGUAAGUGGGGAGAAUAGUAGAAGGAGAUUAAGAGCUCUUUUUGAGGUAUGUUCACUUUGAGAUGCCUAUUUUGCCUGCAAGUGGAGAUAGUAAUUAGGCUACUUGGCAUAAGUCUGGAGUCCAGAGCAUAGGUCUCCACUGGAGAUUUAUCUGAUAUGAGUUAUUAAGAUAAAUUAUGAUGUUUGGCAAGCAUGUCCUUAAGUUGUGAGAUUAACAUCAAGAAGGACAAUCAUGUACUUCUAAAACAUGGUGUUCAGUGUCACUUAUUUGAAAACGUACUGGGCCAUUAUUUGACCUGUGACAGUUCUGACAUUCAUUCUAAGACUACCAGAUAUGAAAGUCAGGAGACUGAUUAUUUUCUUUUUUGGUGCUUUUCUCACUCUAAACUUCAACUUUCCAUAUCAUUAAAGCCACUAAGGUAAACAAUUAGCCUAAGAGGUAUAUUCAUUAUUUUUUUGCUGCCUUUAAAUUUGAUGCCUCAUUGUAAAAAAUAUGACCUCACUUGUAUUUGUGUGGAUGAUAUUUUAAAAGAUCAUACUGGGCAGAGAAUAUGGACAAUUUCAUUAUUUAAUACUUUAGACUAAUGCCAAUCAUUCAAACAUGAAUUCUUCAUUCAUCUGUCUUGUCAAAGAAACAGAGCUCAUAUUGCAUAUGUGAAAUAUCACCUAGUGUCUAUUUCAAUCGUAUAUAUUUUCUGUUUGUAUCUUAGAAAAAUUAUUCCACCUCAACAAGCAUAUUGCUUGUUGGAAUUAUCUGGAUAUAGUGAUAAAAUAAUUAUUUUCAUCAACAUCUGAAGAAAAUGCCUAUGUAUCUGUUGGGAUGGGAGGUGGGAUGGAGAGGUGUGCAGUUGUCUAGCACCACUUGUGGCUGGGAAGGUAUGUGUGUCUACAGUAACAGAAAAAAUUUAUUGUUACCACAAAGAUUCCCCAUAGCUCCUUUAAAAAUAAACCUGCCAUCUUGAUCUCCAUCUGCCUGAAUCUUUGCGUAUCUCUCCCUUGGUUCAAAAUUCUGACAGAGAAUAGAAGCAUAUUUAUCAAUCCUUCAAGCCCCAGUAGAAACAUCAGGGGGAGAAAACUUACCUAUUUUGAAAUGGUUGACCAAUUCUCAGUGACAAAGCUACAGUUACAGUCUGAUUUUCUUGUCCAUUGCCAAGAAAAAAUGAUUCAGUCGGACUCCAAUUUAUAAGGUCAUGUUGAAAGCAAGAAUCCUACUUGUAGACAUUCUUCUUCUAGGCAUGAGGAAUGGUUAUUCCAGGUAAUGGAUUCCUAAUUUGCCGUUCUGUGGAACUAGAUUUGCAUGACAGAUGACAGAAUAUUUGUCACCUUAAGAUUCUUGAAAAAUUAAUUUAAAGCCAUGCUAUUUCUAAUUGUUUUGGCUUAUGCUCUGAAGUUUUUUUUGUUUGUUUUUUGUUUUUUUGAGACAGAGUCUCGCUCUGUCGCCCAGGCUGGAUUGCAGUGGCACAAUCUCAGCUCACUGCAAGCUCUGCCUCCCAGGUUCACGCCAUUCUCCUGCCUCGGCCUCCCGAGUAGCUGGGACUACAGGCGCCCGCCACUACACCUGGCUAAUUUUCUGUAUUUUUAGUAGAGAGGGGGUUUCACCGUGUUUGCCAGGAUGGUCUCGAUCUCCUGACCUCGUGACCCGCUCGCCUCGGCCUCCCAAAGUACUGGGAUUACAGGCGUGAGCCACCGCGCCCGGCCCUGAAGUUUUUCUAAGGCUGACAAAAUUGUGGUCACCAACAUAAUAGGUACCAUUUU